AUGACUAUCCUCCGCGUUGGAAUCAUUGGCUGCGGUGAAAUCACCCAGGUAGCCCACAUCCCAACCCUGGGCUUCCUAUCCGACAAAUUCCAAGUAACCUACCUAUGCGAUGUCUCCGACAACGCACUAUCGCACUGCGCCCAAAAAGUGAUUGGGGCCACUCCCCAAACAACCCGCCAAGCAGAGGACCUCUGCUCCUCACCAGAAGUUGACAUAGUGAUGAUCGCCAACAGCGAUGCUUUCCAUGUCCCUCAUGCCCUCCUGGGCCUGAAGCACAACAAGACCGUCUUCAUUGAGAAACCCAUGGCUCUUUCGCUCGCCGAUGCAGACCGCAUCAUCGAGCUGGAGAAGCAAUCCUCCGGCAAAGUGAUGGUGGGUUAUAUGCGUCGGUACGCGAGUGCGUUUAUCGAUGCCGUCGCGGAGAUCGGCUCCCUUGAGCAAGUGCAUUAUGCUCGCGUGCGUGAUAUCGUGGGCCCGAACUCUGAUUUCGUUGGUCAAUCCGGUACUUUCCCUAAGGUCUUUGGAGACUAUAGGAAAGAGGAUUCUGAAGCCCUCGCUUCCAAGACUCAGGAGUUCUUGGAGCAGGGGUUGACGAAGGAGUUGGGCAUCGAGGUUAAUGCUGAUACAACGAAUCAGUGGAGGAAUCUUGGUAGUCUGGGGUCUCAUGAUCUGAGUGCUAUGAGGGAGGCGCUGGGGAUGCCGAGAGGUGUUCUGGGUGCUUCAUUGUGUUCUGCGAAGGGUCCUCAGUUCUGGAGUGCGUUGUUCCAAUAUCCCUCAUUUGCUGUGUCUUAUGAGUCUGGAAUUGAUGAAGUUCCUCGCUUCGAUGCCUCGAUUGAGGUCUUUGGCGGCAAGAAAACUGUGAAGGUCUGCUUUGAUUCGCCUUAUGUCAAGGGCUUGCCUACGACCAUGCACAUUCGCGAAAAGAUGGACGAUGGAUCAUUCCGGGAGUCUAUGGUGCGGAAGACCUAUGAGGAUGCCUACACUUUGGAGAUGAAGGAGUUGCAUGCGUUUGUUGUUGAAGGCAAGCCAGCCAAGACUACUUCUGAGGAUGCAAAGAGGGAUCUUGAGAUCUUCGGCAUGAUUAUGAAGGCUGGUCUGGAGGGACAGGCUAGAUUUAACGCAAACUAG